UCGCAAAAAUCCAAGCAAUAAAAAACCCUAAACCCAUUUAUUUUGACCCAAGUCUCUCUCUCAAACUUCUGCCGCUGCUUCAAUCUCAAACUAAAACUGUAUCUAUAUUCUGGGAGGAGAGAAAGUUAAGAAGAAGAAGGAGAAGAUGUCGACGGCGUUAACGGAAGAAGAAAUAAAGAGAUUGUUUAGAAUAAGGAAAACAGUAAUGGAGAUGUUAAAAGAUAGGAAUUAUUUGGUUGGUGAUUUUGAGCUUGAAAUGGACAAACGACAGUUUGUUCAGAAAUACGGCGAAAAUAUGAAACGCGAAGAUAUCGUUAUCAGUAAAUCCUUGAAAAACGAUUCCUCCGAACAGAUAUAUGUCUUCUUUCCCGAGGAAGCAAAAGUCGGAGUUAAGACCAUUAAGAACUAUAUUAACCGUAUGAAGUCAGAAAAUGUUACCAGAGGAAUCUUGGUUGUGCAGCAAAAUCUAACUCCCUUUGCCCGAACUUGCAUCAGUGAGAUAUCAUCAAAAUUUCACUUGGAGGUGUUCCAGGAAGCGGAGUUGUUGGUGAAUGUAAAAAAUCAUGUUUUGGUGCCUGAGCAUCAAGUUCUUACAAAUGAAGAGAAGAAGGGUUUACUUGAGAGAUAUACUGUUAAAGAAACACAGCUACCUCGUAUUCAAGUGAGUGAUCCAGUUGCUAGGUAUUAUGGGCUAAAACGUGGGCAGGUUGUGAAAAUUAUCCGGCCUAGUGAGACUGCUGGUCGUUAUGUCACUUACCGAUAUGUUGUUUGAAUAUCAAACUUCUACUUAUUGUGAACUUGGAUCGGCCUCUAUUGUGUUGUAUGUUUGUUAAAUGACCCUGGUAAUAGACCAGUUUACUGAAUAUGGUUGCAAUGUUGGACUGAUUAUGGAGUAAAAUAUUAUGUCUAUUUCCCUUUUUCCA